UGUAAUGAAGGAGGAGUGUCAACACACACUUAAAUAAGAGCCACGAGCAUUCAUCAGAACACACACCAGACGUCUGUCACAGCUCCUGGACUCCAGCAACACACAGUCUGCUCGUAGAAAUGUCUCGAUUUAACCGCAGCACUACUGGAGUCCCCAGUGCCAGUGUUUCUGCAGCUGCGACUCCAGACACACUUCUGACGGUUCUCUCCGUCGACUUCCUGAAAUCCAAGGAUGGGCCGAACCGCCGCGAGCAUCACACAGACGCUUACUUCAGCGACAAGCUGAUCGUCCGCAGAGGACAGACCUUCCAGAUGUGGAUCGAGUUCUCCAGACCCUUCAACCCCAGAUCUGACAAUCUGCAGCUGCAGCUGAAGUUAGGUGCUCAGAAAUGA